UUGAUAGACACCAUGAAUAAUUAAAUUCUUCCAAUCCUUUACAGAUGUGACGCAGUACGGAUAUCCAGCGGAAGUUAUUGAAGUCAGCGAAAGCUAUGAAGGAUGUGUGAAUGGUAGUAAUAUAUCCAACUCCCAAGAUGAGACUAUGAAAGCCCAUGAAGCUUCACCAUCAAAAUGCAUCGAGGUUUGCCGUGGAAGAAAAUUAAAUUGGGCUUACAUAAGGGGAAAAACCUGCAAAUGCUCGAACUCCAACCUAACCUCGUCUGAACCCAAGUAAGCGUGCAAUGAAAGAUGUUGGUCAAAUUCUUCACUUGUUUGUGGUGGCGAUGAUGAUGACACCUUCAGUGCAUACAAGACAGGCUAUGUCGUUGAAUUUUCAUCCGCAAAGAUAUCCACUGCAACCUUGGCAGUUUUUACCCCGUCAUCAAUAGUCAAUGCCAUAUCGCCAAACAAGACUGUGAUGGUAACAGCUUCCUCGACAAUCGUCUCUGCAGCUUCCUCGAACAUCUCUGCAGCUUCCUCGAACAUCUCUGCAGCUUCCUCGAACAUCUCUGCAGCUUCCGUGACCAUCUCUGCAACAACGACGCCUACCGCUACCGAAGAAGCGAAGGUUACCGGAGAAACGAAGACUACCGAAGAAACGAAGCCUACCGAAAAAACGAAGCCUACCGAUAAACCUACGACUAGACCCCAAGAUGAACCAUCGGGAAAGUUCAAAGACAUCGCGAAUGUCACGAUCACAGACGAAAAUGUCGUUGAGGUUGUAAACCAGCUCGAAAACCUCACCAGUGAGGGAGAUAUGAAUGGCGGGGACACGAAAGUCGCGCUGGAAAUCUUACAGAAAAUCACCAGCAACAACAGUUUACUUCCCAAAGACAAAUCUGGAAGGAAAAAAAUGGGACAGAGCAUUGUUCAGGUGGCCAGUUCACUCUUGUCAAAGAAAAACGCUGGCAAUUGGGGCAUACCAACAGAGAAGGAAAAUAACACGGACAAGGCAACUUCUCAGACCCAAGUUUUAGAAGUUAUAGAACACAUUGGUCUGCUAAUUGGAGAAAAACUUGGCGAUAAUGACAGCUUGAUCGUGGAAAGUGCAAAUAUAGCUAUGGGUGUAGAGACCAAGAUACCUGACAAGUCUUCUCCUGGCGCUGAAUAUCCCAGAUAUGAUGAACUCGGAUCAGAAUGGAGAGGACGGGACCGUGUGUUCGUUCAUAGAAAAUUCUUCGACGAGAUGGCUGCAGAUAAGAGCUCGAGAACAACAGUUGUCUAUGCCAUUUAUAAUCAAGUCAGUGAGCAUUUCCCUGCUAAUACAAUCAACGAUCAGAGCUCUGAGAGUCUCAUUGUGAACUCCCGAAUUCUGGCUCUAAAGUUUAACAAGCAACUUACCACUCCAUUGAAGACGCCUAUUAAACUAUGGUUUGAUAAAUUGGAGAAGGGCAAAAAUGUUACAAAGCCUUCUUGUUCAUUUGUGGAUUUCAAGAGCGCAAGGGGUUUGUGGUCACACAAGGGAUGUCACGUGGUCAAGGAAAAGGACAAGGAUGUCGAGUGCGCUUGCGAUCAUCUCACAAACUUUGCAAUCUUGAUGCAAGUCAAGGAAUUUGAAAUUGAGCCGGAUCAUUAUAAAGCUUUGACAGUCAUCACCUAUGUAGGAUGCGGGGUUUCGUUAUUUGGACUGGCGCUCACUUUGGCGACUUUCUUGUCACUUGAGACGUUAGCUUCAGAACGGACCUCAAUCCACAAGAAUCUUGUGGUAGCCAUUGGACUCGCGCAGAUAAUUUUCCUGGCCGGCAUAGAUGCCACAUACAACCCCAUUGCGUGCAAAGCCGUCGCUUUAUUCUUGCACUAUUUAUACACAGCGGCUUUCACGUGGAUGUUAUGCGAAGGAAUUCAUCUGUACAGCAAAGUGGUCGAGGUAUUCAGCGAGGGAUCUAAGAUGAAAUACUACUACGCCCUAGGGUGGGGUCUGCCGCUGACAAUUGUGUUCAUUUCCGCCUGUUCCCGCUGGGGAGGAUAUGGGAACGAGCGAGCCUGUUGGAUUUCAAUUACUGACGGGCUUAUUUGGGCUUUUGUUGCUCCGGUUCUUAUAGUGAUGACGAUUAACUUUGUGGUUAUGAUAAUGGUGAUCAGAGUCAUCAUUGCAUCUGUGACGUCCCUACAGAAUCCUGGCAAUGCCUCCCAAGUCAGGGCUGGUGUCAACGGCAUGAUUGUCCUACUGCCUCUUCUCGGUUUGACCUGGGUAUUCGGACUUUUGGCCAUCAAUAAGGACACCAUUGCCUUCCAGUAUUUAUUUGCCAUCCUCAAUUCACUUCAGGGACUUUUCAUUUUUGCUUUCCACUGUAUCGGAAACACCGAGGUACGAGUUGCAUACAAAAGACUCCACGAGAAAAGGACUUUGGCAAAAAGCCUUCCUGAACACUCUCUGUCCUCAACACACCAUAUGUCGAGCCGGCCGUUGAAGAAACGAAUGGACUCUCACGAGACGAACUUUACCGGGGAUGAUGACAUCAUUGUUACUAAGAGCAUUCGAAGCGUGUCGGAUGUGAAGAUUUGUGGAGACAACAUGGCUUUGCAAACGAUUCAUAGACCUGGAUCACAUAAAACGAGCAUGAGAUCAACAUCUACACAGUACAGUACUCACACAGAAUUUUCAGAGCAACUUAGGCCAUUAACCAAAGAAGGAAGACAACACAGGAAAAGCUCUAGCCAUGAAAAAACAUUCUUUCACAACUUCAGACCAAAAGUGUUAGGUUCCUGUAGCAUUGUAUAAGGACUUUAUUCAUUCAAACUAAGCGCGCACACACCUUUCGCCUUCGAGUUGGAGGAAGUGCGAUAUUUUUCUUUACGAGCGUGCAGCAGGCUCCUUGCAGCAUCUGUAAUUGCGCGAUAACAGUCGAAGUUACUAGAAGGCUGUUCAAAGGAUUGUUUUCUUAACGCUACCACAUAUGCCUUCAUCUAGGCUUUGCUCAGAGCACAAUUAAAAAAUGUAAAUAAUGAAAACACAACACGAGUAGGAAGUAGUGCGCGUGUUGGGCCAGUGGAGAGCAGCUUCGGACAAGGCUAGUACGAAUAAUUUGCAAGAUUAUAAUCUCGUCAUUUGAAAGUUGUAGUGUUCUAUGAUCUGUAGUUGACGUUAGACCAGUGUACAUAGAGAGAUUUAGACUCUUAACCCUUCAACCCCCAAAAGUGAUCGGAUUUUAAUUUCUCUUCACUGUACCACACUUGAAUCAAAUAUAGAGGUCAUGAGAAUAAAGAUAAUGAACACCAAUUUCAUAAGCUCCUGAUUGUCAAUCAAAUUCUCCUUGUCAACACCAUAGGAAAUGUAAAGAGAACAGUGAAGAGAAUAUGACUAUCGUUAGGGUGUAGAGGGUUAGGGGAUUUUUGAUGUAAUUCUUUUUUCAAAAGCGCCUUGGCUGUGAUGUUUCAUAUAUUGAUUUGGACAGAAAUGGGUAUUAGCUUCUUUUUGGUUUCACACUACAUUCACGUAGUGUAACAAAUUAUGUCCUGUUGUGCAUCGCCGUUAAUAAAAAAUGUCGUUA